CUUUGAUCCCUCCCGCGCCCCGCCGCCGCAUUUCGGCCUCCUCCGGUGGCCUGUAGCUCCCGUUCCUCUUUCCCCACCACGGAGCCCCAGGGCCCCUGGGCUUGUCGAGAUGUCUGAGGCGGCAGGAAAUCUCAACAGCCUCCGCAUGGCGAAUGUGGCCCUGCGCGAAGAAUUAAAUGCCCUUCGCGGGGAGAAUGCCAAUUUGGGCCUCCAGCUCGGGAGAGCCCUGGCCGAGGUUAAUUCCUUGCGGGGCAAUGUCUCCAGCUACAUCCGUUGGCCAGUACCCAUAGUGCCUGUCCUUGCGGAGGAGAACUUGGAGUUCGCGCUCAGUGAGAUCGAAGCCAUUCCCGGGGGAGAACUGCCCUUCUUGUGCCGGCCUCCCCCACGCGCGGAGCCCGACUGUACCUCGGAUGAUCUUUUGAUUAACGUGAUCCAGGAUCGCAGCACCCCCGACGGGCCCGCUGAUCCCCCUCUGCUGCCCAUCCCGCCCCCGCCGGCGCUGCCUCCGCCUGCGUCAAAGGAGCCGCCCCCGCAGCCCCCUCUGCCACCGCUGGAGUGGCCUGAGAUAGAGCCCUUUUCAGGCGACCCAGUCUACCUGGCUGAAUUCCUGAUGCAGCUAGAGACCUUCAUAGCUGACCAUGAGGAUCAUUUUCCCGGGGGCGCCGAGCGGGUGGCCUUUCUGAUCUCCUUUUUCACUGGCGAAGCCAAGGACUGGGCCAUCUCGGUCACCCAGGAAGGAAGCCCCUUGCAUGCCAACUUCCCGCGCUUCCUGGAUGAAAUCCGUAAGGAAUUCUGUGGCCCCAUCCCCCCACGUGUGGCUAAAAAGGCCAUUCGCAAGCUCAAGCAGGGCCACUGUACCCUCGGCAGCUAUGCAGAUGCUUUUCAGUUCCUGGCCCAAUUCUUGUCUUGGGAUGACUGCCACCUCCAAAACCAGUUCCUCAAAGGCCUGUCGGAAUUCUUCCGCAAAGAGCUCUUAUGGUCAACAGAAAUGGCCGACCUAGAUGAGCUGAUUCUCGAAUGUGUGGAGAUAGAAAGAAAAGUGCGCGUUCCCAAGCCUAUCCCGCUCCCUGGGGUUCGAAAUAUCCUCUUCCCUUUUGCUCCCAAUGAGGAAGAAAGUGAAGAUGAAGAGUACUACAGUGAAGAUGAAGACCAGGAGGCACGCAGGCACAGGCUUCACCCCAAAGACCAGAGGAAUCGCGUGAGGGCUUUUCAGCAAGAGAUGAAGGAGAAGGAGGAGGAGGACUUGAAGAAGGAGGAAGAAGUGAAGAAGGAAGAGGAGGAGAAGGAGGAGGAGGAAGAGGAAAUGAAACAGAAAGAGGAGGAGGAGGAGAUAAGGAACAAGAAUGAGGAGGAAGGAGAGAGUAAGGAUGAAGAAGAUGAAGAUGAGGAUGGGGGCCAGAAACCAGAGCGGGAGCCACAGCAGGAGCCAGGGACUGAGGAGACCUAUGGUGAGGUGGAGGAGGAGCCACUGGAUGAGGCCCAAGAUGAUGAUCUAGAUGAGCUAAUGGAGAUGGAGCCGACCUUUGUUCACGCCUCAUCCCAGACUUCUGGCCCCACAAAUGGUUACCACGCGGAAAACUUCCUGGGUGCAUCGCCUCCCAUAAUACAGCCUAGCAGACGGAGGAACCAGAAUCGAGUCCCACUUCUGGAAGGCCUUCCAGGCACCAAUUCACCAUUCUACAGCUCCCCCCCACUGAUUCGCCGCACAGGUCGCUUAGGGCAACGCCAAGUUCGAAGACGCCCCCCCGUGCUUUUCCGCCUCACUCCGAGACAGGGGGGCCACCGAGCUGCUCGUGGCCGAAUUCGAGUGUGAGUGCUGGGGCCAGAUGGCCACCCAGAACACACCCUUCUUUUGCAUCCCCCACCCCUGCUAUUGCUGCCAUACCUGCCCCAUUUGCUGACCAGGACUUCAGGGAGUUUCAGACCUGCAGAACCUGAAGAAGACCUGCAGAAUUCCAGACCGUCUUGCAGCCAUGACCAGAGAGUAACAUGUGCUCAACCAGGGCCACCUGGGAAAGGAGGGAUCAGCAAUAGCUGCCCUCUUGGCAUGUACUCUGCUCAGUCCUGCCACGACCUGGAGAGCAAGUUUCUGGGCCUGUUCCCAUAAAUGAACUGGUCACCCUCUUGUAUUUCCCCUCUGGUUGUUCCUAACCCACACCUCGCCUGCGUUUCUUCACCCUGUGUUCUACAGUUUUAUUCUCUGACUGACCCACCAGG